AUGGCAUAUGACGUCUAUGGUGCCGUCUCGGCCUUCUUGCUAAACCACAGGCCAGUAGACCUAAUAAAGUCCUGCCAGCGUUGGGGCCCUUUAAGUUGGAAUGGAAAAGUCACUGGACAGCCUCUCGCCACAGCCAAUGACCGUGUCUCCGUUAAUGGUUCCGCCAUUGGCCAGCGACCCUGGACCCUGGCCCUCUCUAGCCAGGGUCCAGCAGAUCUCUGGUCAGUUCUCGGAUCUCUGGUCAGUUCUCAGGUUGGUAAGGACCGGGAUUCUCCAGGAGUGAAUCCCGAGGAAUCUUCCUCACCCCAUGAAGGAGAUCACAGAGGAGAGAGAGAAUUCUCAUGUUUGGGGUGCGGGAAAUCCUUCAAGACAAACGCUGAACUGCAUAUCCAUCUCCUAUCCCACACCAGUGUAAAAUUUACAUGUCCAGAGUGCGGGAAAUCUUUUAACAAGGAAAUCGAUUUUUUUCAACACCAGAGAAUUCACACGGGCGACGAUCCUUAUUCGUGUUCAGAGUGUGGGAAAGGUUUUACUAAAAAACAACAUCUACUUGUACACCAGAAAACUCACACAGGAGAUCAUCGGUUUUCAUGUUUACAGUGCGGAAAAUGUUUUAAUAAGGAAAGCAAAUUUCUUACGCACCAGAGAGUUCACAUGGGCAAGGAUCCUUAUUCGUGUUCAGAGUGUGGGAAAGGUUUUACUAAUAAAAAACAUCUGCUUCUACACCAGAAAACUCACAAAGGAGAUCGUCGUUUCUCAUGUUCAGAGUGCGGAAAAUUCUUUAUUAAGGAAAGUAAAUUUCUUACACACCAGAGAUGUCACACGGGCGAGGAACCUUUUUCAUGUUCAGAGUGUGGAAAAGGUUUUGCUAAUAAAAAACAGCUACUUCUACACCAGAAAACUCACAAAGGAAGUUGUCGUUUUUCAUGUUCCGAGUGCGGACAUUUUUUUAUGAAAGAAAGCAAAUUGAUUAGACACCAGAGAAUUCACACGGGUGAGGAUCCUUUUUCGUGUUCCAAGUGUGGGAAAGGUUUUACUUAUAAAAAACAGCUACUUCUACAUCAGAAAACUCACAGAAGAGAUCAUCGUUUUUCAUGUUCAGAAUGUGAAAAAACUUUUAAUAAGGAAAGUAAGUUUCUUAUACACCAGGUCAUACACGGAGGCGUUCACCCUUUUUCAUGUUCAGAAUGUGGAAAAUGUUUCAGUGUUAAAAAUAGACUUCUAAAACACCAGAAGAUUCACUCAGGUGUUCGCCCCUUUUCUUGUUCAGAGUGCGGGAAAUCGUUUAUUAAGAAAGGAGACCUUGUUAUACACCAGAGAAUUCACACAGGUGAACGUCCUCAUUCAUGUUCAGAGUGCGGGAAAUCUUUCACUCAAAAAGGACACCUUGUUAGUCACCAGAGAUAUCACACAGGUGAGCGUCCUUACUCAUGUUCACAGUGCGGGAAAAGUUUUAGUUGGAAAAGGUACCUUGUUGCACACCAGAGAAUUCACACAGGCGUGCUUCCAUAUUCAUGUUCAGAGUGCGGGAGAUCAUUCUCUUUAAAAGGAGCCCUUGAUACACACCACAGAACUCACACAGGUGAGCGUCCUUUCUCAUGUUCAGAGUGCGGGAAAGCAUUUACUCAGAAAGGAGCUCUUAAUAUACACCAGAGAAUUCACACGGGUGAACGUCCUUAUCCGUGUUCAGAGUGUGGGAAAAGUUUCACAGAUAAAAGAUUACUCCUGUCACACCAAAGAAUUCACGCGGAUGAGUGUCCUUAG